AUGAGUGAUGGAAAUCUUACUGAUGGUGCCGACAUGGCGGAUGAAAAUUUCGAGGAAGAUAUCGGCUUCGAAAAUGAUAUUGAUAUGAACAAAGACUUCCUGCCGCGGGGGCGAGGUCGUGGAGGAUUUCCCAAAGGACCGCCUCCUCGAUGGCCAGGUCCGCCUCCGGGCCUGCGCGGCGACCACCCCCGAUUCCGAGGCAGAGGCUUCGGUCCCGGGGGGCCGCCGCCCCCACCGUUCCGCGGCAGGGGUCCGAUGUUCCGAGGCCCGCCUCCGAGGAACCACCCGCCCGGAUUCAACGGCCCGCCCAACUUCGGCGGUCCCAAUUGGGGCUCGGGCCCGCCGCCACUGAUGGGGCUUGGUUUGCCCCCGGGAGGACCGCGGGGGCCGCACGGACCCCCACAAGGGCCGCCAGGGGGCCAAAACGGACCGGGCAAUUCGGCCGGUGGUCCGGCGUCGUCCGGUCAGAACCAGGGACCAGCCGGCGGGCCUGGAGGUCAUGCAGCUAAUUUGAAUAAUGCGCCGCCGCAACAGCAGCAGCAGGGUGGUCCGGGAGGUGUGGGGCCUCCGUCUUCUGCUCCCCCUAAUGCGGGAUUGGACUCGAAUUCUGAAAUAUGGGUUGAAACAAAAACAGGAGAGGGUAAGUCAUAUUACUACAACGCCAGGACCAGAGAGACUACAUGGACGAAGCCAGAUGCACCAAAUGUCAAGGUAAUUUCACAGGAUCAAGUGGAGGCCAUGGCGCAUGCUGCAACUACAGGUACCAUUGCGCAGAAUACUUCGACUGCUGCCCAGGCAGCUCUCGCCCAAGCUAGCGUCACUAACAAACAGGAAGACCCUGACGAUCACAAACAAGAACCGCCGAAGCAACCCAUCCCCACCGCCGCCGCAUCGGUGCUGCCGCCGCACGCCCUCCUUGGACCGCCGCCCGGCAUGUCGCCCUUCGGCGGCCCGCCCGGGCAGUUCGGCGCACCGCCCUUCGGCUUGCCGCCCCCUGGAUGGCCGCCAAUGGGGCAGCCGGGGUGGCCGGGACCGCCGCAGGGGGCGCCGUGGGCGAUGCCUCCAGGGUUGAUUACAGGAAUGCCAGGUGCCAUGGCAGCCAUUGAUGAAGCUGCUAUUAUGUCUAAAGUCGAUCCAGAAAUUAUCGCUAGAGCCUCUGAAUGGACUGAACACAAAGCACCAGAUGGCAGGUUUUAUUACUACAAUGCCAAGAAGGGAGAGUCUGUUUGGGAAAAACCACAACCACUGAAGGAUCUAGAGACAGCGAAACUGGCGGCGGCUCAGGGUAUCUCGACCCGCCCCCCCGCUGCUGCGAUGUCGGCCACCGACCCCCCGCCCGACUCAGGUAAGACGAACGGGCAGGGCGGGCCGGGCGGGCCGCCGACGGCCGUCGUCGUCGUGAACGGCGACGUUGCCGCCGCCUCCGCCGCCGCCGUGGCGGCCGAGGAGGAGAAGGAGUCGACGGCGGAGAAGAUCAGGCGGCUGCAGGAGGAGAUCAAGCGGAAGAAGGAGGAGGAGGAGAGGGCGAGGGAGCUGAAGGCGCAGGACAAGUCGCGGCCGGUGUCCAGCUCGCCCGUUUCGGGAACGCCGUGGUGUGUGGUUUGGACUGGUGACGGCCGCGUUUUCUUCUACAACCCGUCAUCGAGAACGUCCGUAUGGGAGAGACCGGAAGAGUUGUUGAAGCGGACCGACGUCGAUAAGAUGGUGGCCAGCCCUCCAGACGCCCUCGUGAACGCACCCAAAACCGAAAUGCCCAAAUCGCCGCAGAAAAAACGAUCGUCUGACGAUAGCGACAGCGAUGUGGAGGAGACUCCCAUCAAGAAAGCCAAAAUGGAUGAUCCCAAUGCAUCACAGCCAAGUUUAAAUGGCUCGAUGACUGCAGCGAAAAAAAUCGACAUUGGCAAAGAGGCGGCCAUAGAAGCGGAAGUGCGGGCGGCCAAAGAACGCGCCGUCAUCCCAUUGGAUACCAGAAUCAAGCUGUUCAAAGAAAUGCUGACCGAGAAGCAGGUGUCCGCUUUCAGCACUUGGGAAAAAGAACUGCACAAGAUCGUGUUCGAUCACAGAUAUUUGUUGUUGACAUCCAAGGAGAGGAAACAGGUGUUUGAGAAGUAUGUGAAAGAGAGGGCAGAGGAGGAGAGGAGAGAGAAGCGGAACAAGCUGAGGGAGAAGAAGGAUGCGUUCAGGAAAUUAUUGAGCGAGGCUAGUCUGCAUGGCAAGUCUUCAUUUAGUGAUUUUGCACAAAAGUGCGCGAAGGAUGAACGGUUCAAGGGUGUGGAGAAGAUGCGUGAACGUGAGAGCCUCUUCAAUGAGUAUCUCAUAGAGGUUAGAAAGCGGGAGAAGGAGGAGAAGAAUCAACGAAGAGAAUCGAUAAGGAAGGACUUUAUAGCCAUGCUCCGAGAACACUCAGAUAUUGACAGACACGCCCACUGGUCCGAUGUCAAGCGUAAAGUGGACUCCGAUUCCAGAUACAAGGCCAUCGAGUCUCACACACAUCGCGAAGAUCUGUUCCGCGAAUACUGCAAGAUCCUCAAAGAAGAGAAGAAGAAGGCCAAAGAGAAGGAUAGGGAACACAAGAAGGAUAAGGAUAAGCAUAAGAAGAAGGACAAAGAUAAGGAGAGGUCAAAGGACAAAGACAAGAGGGAGAAAGAUAAGGACAAGGAUAAGGAUAAGGAGAAAGAAAAGGAGAAGGAUAAAGAGAAGGAAAAAGAGAAGGAUAAGGAUGAAUCCAAGAACGAGGAUGAAGAAAUGUCUGGAAAAGAAGUUGAGGAAGUUGAGAAAGAAGAAUCCGAAGAUGAAAAAGAUAAGGAUCAGAAAGAGAAAGAUAAAGACAGACAGGCUAGGGCUGAAGCUAGUAUGCGUGAGAGGGAAAAAGAGGUUCAAAGAACGUUAGCGACGCAUAUGAGGGACAGAGAUAAGGAGAGAGAACAGCAUAAGAGAGACGAGGCAGUACAGCACUUCAACGCCCUUCUGUCCGACCUGGUGCGCAACUCGGAGCUGAGCUGGCGCGAGGUGAAACGGAUCCUGCGCAAGGACCACCGCUGGGACCUGGCCGACACCCUCUCCCGCGAGGACAAGGAGAAGCUGUUCAACGAGCACGUCGAGCAGCUGGUCAAGAAGAAGCGACAGAACUUCCGCGAGCUGCUGGACGAGACGGCGGACGUGUCUUUGGUGAGCACGUGGAAGGAGAUCAAGAAGAUCAUCAGGGACGAUCCGAGGUAUUCGAAGUUUGCCUCCAGUGAAAGGUGCGAAAGGGAGUUCAAGGACUACAUGAAGGACAAACUCAUCCUCGCCAAGGGCCAGUUCAAAGAGCUCCUGCAAGAGACCAAACUGAUCACUCACAAAUCCCUGGCGACGCUCAGAGAGAACCAGGCGCACAUGCAGGAGAUCGAGGACAUCCUCAAGAACGACAAGCGCCACCUGGUGCUCGACCACAUCCCGUCGGAGCGCACGCAGCUGGUGCUCAACUAUUUGGAGGAGUUGGACAGGCGGGGGCCGCCACCACCGCCCACGGCCAGCGAGCCCAACAGGAGGGGCGGCAAGUGA